AGAGGCGUAAUUUCCGCCCGUACGAGUACCAGCCAGGCGCUAGAGAGGCACACAAGAUCCAAGCUCUCCAAAACAAUGGCAAACUCAGGGAAGCAAGACUUCAGAGGACAAAUUGAACAUGACAGUGAGCCAACAAAGAAACCUGAAGCCUUGGGAGGAAAUGUUACUGAAACAGACGCCUAUUACAGGAGCUGUGAUCUCUUUGACCCAGCGGUGGAAUACAAGACGAACCAUAAGCGCCGGGGCCUGGCCUUGAUCUUCAACCAGGAGCGCUUCUUUUGGCGUCUGUGCAUGCCUGACCGAUUUGGUACCAAUGCAGACAAACACAACCUUUUCAGAAGAUUUCAAGAUUUAGGGUUUGAAGUAAAAGCAUUUGAUAAUCUUAAAGUUGAGGAAGUACUGAAUGAAAUUUAUGAAGCUGCCAGCUCUGACCACCUGGAUGCUGAUUGCUUCGUUUGCAUCUUCUUGAGUCAUGGAGAGAAUGAGUAUGUUUAUGCCUAUGAUGCCAAGAUUGAAAUCAAAGAAAUCACUGCCUUGUUUAAGGGAGACAAGUGCAAGAGUCUGGUGGGAAAGCCAAAGAUCUUUAUAUUUCAGGCUUGCCGUGGUGACAAGCACGAUAACCCAGUAAUGCCCAUGGAUGUGGUGGACAAUGCCGUGACCAACGAGGUGGUGGUGGAUGCUGGUGCUGUCUACACCUUGCCUGCCGGAGCAGACUUCCUCAUGUGCUACUCGGUGGCGGAAGGCUAUUACUCUCACCGUGAGACCAUCAAUGGCUCAUGGUACAUCCAGGACCUGUGUGAGAUGCUGAAGCGGUUUGGCGAGACCCUGGAGUUCACGGAGCUUCUCACGAUGGUCAACAGGAAAGUGUCGUCACGCAGUGUGGGAAACUGUGUGGACCGCAGCGCCAUUGGCAAGAAGCAGGUGCCCUGCUUUGCAUCCAUGCUUACCAAGAAACUUUACUUCAAGUCCAAGAAAGAUUGAACACUGCACUCGCUGCACAGGACCCAGCUAUGUUUUAAUUCUCUUAUUUUACAUGACGUGUCAAUUUUAGGUAGAAAGCAAGGUCUGGGUAUUCUGUCCUCUUUUCUGCACCAAAAAUAAGUUCAUAAAUCCCUACCUUUUUAAUUAAAAUGCUCUUGUGUCCUCUUGCUAGCAUGAUCACGUAAAAUAGAAAUGACAAAAAGCAUUUCACCAUGUUAUCCAAUAAUUAUGUUUCUAGUUAUUGCCAUUGUUCCUGGCACAGGCUAUCAUAAGUUGUGACUUGAUUACUUUCUACAUUUAAGCAGAUUUAAGUGUGGUAAAAGUGGUAAAGAUCCUAUUUUCCUGUUCUAUUGUCAUAGCAUAGCAGGGUCAUUGGGUUUGGGAAUUCUGUUCUAAUCCUUGUUGUAAUAGGUUUUUGUGAAACCUGUGUAUCUUUAUUGCAUGUAGAGUUUAAAUAAGGUCAUACACUUGGAGUUAUAAAAUGAAUGAAAUUGACACUUUUUUUUAAACUGACUGAAUUCAUAUCCUUUUUAUAAUCAAUGUCAAAGAACCUACCCAGAACUUACAUCCAAAUUAUUUCCAUAAUAAAAAAGGAUGCCUUAGUGUUAAAGACUAUAGUGGACAUUUUAAUUUGUAUGAGAACAAUCAAAUUGAAAAUGCUGCUUUUAUGGCAGCUUUGUUUGAGCAAACUAUUUCACAAGUUAGAAUUAACAAAAAGGGAAUUUUUGGUUGGAUUUGUUUAACUGGGUGAUGUCUAUUAGUUGAGAAUUUGACUUUUUGCUGUAUAUAUAUAUGGUGCCCUCAGAUGAGUUAAACAAUUUAAAAUGUCUUUUUUUAGAAUAUUUGGUAUUGUAUGAAAAUAAAUGCAAAAACCGAUUUAAAGAUUUACAGAAGGAACUAUAGGGUAUGACCUUUGUGAAAUAAGCAUUUAUCUCCAAGUAACAGGGUAGCUGUUGAGAGGAGGUUACGUGGUUGUUGUUGUGUCUAGGGAGCCAUAUAAAGAAUUGAUUAGUGUCCAUAAGGGUAGGUAGAGAGAUUGGGGCAAAUGUAUUUGCACGUGCAUUUCUUGUCAGAAACAAGAUGAUGAGUAUCAGCUGCAGCAGGGUGCUGUGUAGUGUAUGUGCACUUAACCCACAUUUAAAUAUUUGCCCCAAUCACUCUACCAAUCCUUAUGAAUACUGUCUAACUCUUUAGUUAUCUAAAUACAAAAACCAUGCAAGGUCCUCUCACAGUGAGUGUUGACCUGUUACAUCCAUCCAGCCAAUUUCCAAUUACUUCUUCCAAUUCAGGGUCACAGGGGAGUCAGAGACUAACCUGGCAAGCAGUGGGCAUAAAACAGGGAACACUGCCACUGCUAUUGCAGGUCAGAAACGCGCAGAUACUGUACUCACAACACAAGCCGAUUAACCUACCAGUCUUUGGACUGUGGGAGGUAACCGGAGCAGCUGGAGGAAACCCCUGCAAAUACAAGGAAAACACUCCAUGCAGACAGCAUGUCAGGUCCAGAAUAGAACCCAUGAACCCAGUGCCAUACUAACUACUGUGCCACGGUGCUGCCCUGCCCUGUUAUACCUCACUACAAUUUUAGGUUCCGAGUCAUCCGAGUAGGGGAAUGCUCAUGUGGUGCAUGUACAGUAGGGUCUAUCAGCUUCACACUCUUAAUUGAUUUGAUUGACUGUUUUCUUAAUCAGUUCACCUGUUAUCUGUGAUUCUUGGAAGGGUCACAGUAAUCUUUUUUUCAUAUAUGCCAAGUUUACAUCCCAUUUCUAAUGGGAUUUUAGCAUAUUCUGUUGACGGACCUUUUAUCAGUGUAAACGGCUGGUGUUUGUCUUAUUAUUUUUACAGGUGUAUGAAUUGUACUAUUCUUUUGCACAUAAUAUUCUUUAUACUUGGGAGACUAUAACUUUAAUGGGAUUACUACUUUUUCAUACAUUUUUGUAAAAAAAAAAUAGGCAACAGUGGUUCUUGCAAUAAACAAGCUAGUGACUUAAUUUUGUACACUUCUCAGGUGAUAUUUUUGUAAUAUUUACACCUCAAACACUUAAUAGAAAGAGAGGUAUUCAGCUUGUAUUGGCAAUGACAAGUCUUUACAGUGAGACUUUGCUGUCUUAGUCCUUUUAACAUCAGUAUUAGAAAUGACUAGAUAGAUUAUACAGUUGAAAACACCUUUUGGCCUCAUAUGUUUAUUUUGUAGUAUACCUCAGGUAACCUGGCUACCUAAUUUGUUGUCCCUCACGUAUGUAAUCAUAUUUCACAAUGCUGCUGCUACAGUAUGUCAGUAUGCAUCUAAUGUGAAAGAGGGAUGAGCGGACUGUGAUUUGUUAAGAGAGGUUAAGUGAGAAAAAUGUUUUGCCUUAUGUAUUUGAAUACCCAUCACUUCCUGCAUAUCUCUGAGUAAGCAUUGUACUGUAAGUGGGAGUUAAAGUAAUGUACCAUUCCUAACAUUGUAUCACCUCAAUGUAGGUUGACUUGAUGUAACACUAUAGGAUGCAUUAUAUACUGUAGUUUUUUCAGUCCAAAAAUUGUUUUUGCUUGUCUCUAAAAAACUUUUUACUUCACGGGUAGGUUUUUGUAAGUGAAACGUUUGUUUGGAAGAGCAAUAAAAAGGUAAAUUUGCAAAUG